AUGUCCAACAACAGCUCCUUGAAUGAAUUCGUCCUCUUGCUGUUUGCAUAUACGCGGGAGCUGCAGCUCUUGCACUUCUCACUCUUCCUGGGCAUCUACCUGGCUACCCUCCUGGCCAACGGGCUCAUCAUCACAGCCAUAGCCUGUGACCACCGUCUCCACACCCCCAUGUACUUCUUCCUUCUCAACCUCUCCCUCCUUGACCUGGGCUCCAUCUCCACCACUGUCCCCAAAUCUAUGGCCAAUUCCCUGUGGGACACCAGGGCCAUUUCCUACUCAGGAUGUGCUGCCCAGGUCUUCCUGGUUGUCUUCUUGUUUGGGGGUGAGUUUUCCCUCCUCACAGUCAUGGCCUAUGACCGCUAUGUUGCCAUUUGCAGACCCCUGCACUAUGGGACGCUCCUGGGCAGCAGAGCUUGUGUCAAAAUGGCAGUAGCUGUCUGGGCCAGUGGGUUUCUCAAUGCUCUCCUGCACACUGGGAACACAUUUUCCAUGCCACUCUGCCGAGGCAACGAGGUGGAACAGUUCUUCUGUGAGAUCCCCCAGAUUCUCAAGCUCUCCUGUUCAGACUCCUACUUCAGGGAGGCUGGCCUUUUUCUGGUAAAUGCCUGUUUAGUCUUUGGGUGUUUCGUUUUCAUUGUGGUGUCCUAUGUGCAGAUCUUUACUGCUGUCCUGAGGAUCCCCUCUGAGCAGGGCCGGCACAAAGCCUUUUCCAUGUGCCUCCCGCACAUCACUGUGGUCUCUCUGUUUAUCAGCACUUCAUUUUUUGCAUACCUGAAGCCCCGCUUCAUCUCCUCCCCAGCUCUGGAUUUGGUGGUGGCUGUGCUGUAUGCAGUGGUGCCUCCAGCAGUGAACCCCAUAAUCUACAGCAUGAGGAACAAGGAGCUCAAGCAUGCUCUGAGGAAAGUGAUUUCAUGGACAUUUUUUAGCAGUGAUAAAAUUGACUUUGUUCUCCUGUAA